UCAACUGUAAUUGUAAACAGUUAGCAGCAGUUUUAGCUAACCUUACAUCCCAGCGUUAAGUUUGUCAGUUGCGGGGAGCUUUCAGUCGUCCCGGCAAGUUUUUACUAUCAGUAAGGGUAACAGUAGCUGUCAAGUGAUGCUGUAAAAUCUUUUUUUGAGGCUUUAUUAGACGGCGUCAAGUUCCUGUCAUAAAACUAAGCCUAGCGUUGGAGCUAAAUCAGCUAGUCGACUCUGAGAUGCAAGUCUGCUUCGCACCAGUUCCCUCUUACUUCUUUGAAGCCUAAAGGUGCUUUGUGCUGAAAUGGUGCUUUCCUUGGUGAGCCUUUGUGCCAAGGAGGUGGUUCGUGACCACAGCUCGUCGCACUCCUGGCUGAGGUGGAUGCCCAAAGAUCUGUACAGAGCACUGCUGGAGGCCGCCUUCUCCACCUGCAGACCGCUGGCUGUGGGUGAGCUGGUGCAGAGGUGGCCUGAGCUCACACUGCGGGUCGGAGGUCGGAGGAAACCGGGACACACUGCGCCAAAUCGACUCUGUAUUCAGUCUAUGUUGCUUGCUGUGGUUAGAGGACUGACAGACCACAGGUGUUCACUGGAAGUCUUGGACCUCUGUGGAGUGCAAGGAGAUGAAGGAGGAAUGGGGGACCCGAUGGGAGGCUGGUCUCUGACAGUAGCUCUUUGCACCAUGGUCCUUAAGGCCAGAGUUAGGACAAGAAGGCCACAAAGGACACGAAGGGAACAGAGAAAAGAAGGAGACCAGGAGAGAAAACGGAUCUCAGCUCUGGAAAGAGAGAGGGAUUUAAAAAGAGAGAGGGGACAGAAGAAAAGAGAUGGGGAACUAAACAGUAAUGAGUCAACCAAUGUUAGUGAGAGAACUGAAUCUUCAGGGUCUGUGAGUGAAGAGGACCUAAGUAAAGGAGUCAGGAGGAGGAUGGAGAUGGAGAGGAAAAGAGAGAGGACAGUAUUAGGGAGCAGUGAGAGGGAGGCUGAAGAAAAAGAGGUGGAUCGUGAUGUGGUGGUGCAUGUGAGAGCUGAUCUUUUUGUUAAUGGCCGCUCUUGGGAGCGUGUUCACUCGGCUCUGAGCACAUCUGGACCUCUAAAGCUUCAGUGCAGAUACCUGCGUGUGGAAGAGAUUUCAGUCCCAAGUAUCAGAACUCUGCUAGACCUGCUCCCACGCAGAGGACUUCUGGGCGUCGACAUACGCUACAGCAGCCUUGGGGUUGGUGGCUUGGCUGAACUGCUGCCUCUGCUCUCCACAUUUCCUGCACUAAAAUCCCUUCGCCUGCACUACUGUAACCUGGAUUUUCGCAGAGUCCAUCCCAGCCAGUCAGAGGCACUGGGGGAGCUGUCGCAGGGUCUGGCACGCCUGCAGGAACUGCGACACCUCAGCCUCACUGCACUGCGCCUGCCUGGUCAGCUCCGUGUGUUGCUCAGCUCGCUGCCUCACCCUCUAGAGAUCUUGGAGCUCCCCUAUUUGUCCCUGAGUCCAGCUGACUUUGCCUAUCUGUCCUGCAGUCAUCACACUUCCACGCUGCAGCAGCUGGAUCUAAGUGAAAACCGUCUGGAUGAAAACACUCUGCCUUCCAUUCGCCGCCUCCUCUCCCAGGCUUCGGGCAGCCUGCAGCACCUGUCUUUAAGCGGUUGUGGUCUGACUGAUGGCCUGCUGGGGCUCUUGUUGCCCUCACUAGGAGGUUGUCGGGCCCUCAAGAGCUUGGCUCUGGCAUUGAACCCUCUCUCCAUGGCUGGUCUCAUGGACUUGGUGAAGAUGGCUGUAAGAAUGCCCUCCCUACGACAGCUGCUGUACCCCAACCCCCUGGAGGACUACCAGCCAGGCCUUCCCGACCUGCCCUCGAGUGCUCAGCUCUUAGACUGGCCUCUAGAUGAAACCUCAGACAUCAACCUGACCAGCAACAAGCUCAACAGGGUUCUGAUCGACAAUGGACGCUCUGACAUCUUUCUGACCUGUGACUUGCUGAAUUAUGAUAAAGACAUGGUGGAAUAAAGCAGAGAUGCUUCUUAAGCUCAUUCACUGACAAACGAUAGCAAUGUACAGAAGCCUUACAAUCACACUGUUACCUGAGAAAUGGUUAGGUAUUCUUUUAAAAAAAAAAUUUAAAUAGCCUUUUCCUUGUCACUUAGUCUUAUGGUAAAUGUAAUGCAUUUAAGCUUUUACAGUCCAAAACAGGCAAAUGACGGUAGCAAGACAUUACUCAGUAAAAUACAGAUAUCCACCAAGGCCCAGUAAUCUUUGUUAAGUGUCUGGGUUUGAGAGAAGGGAUCGCAUUGUUGCCACUCAGCCACUAAUUUCUCUAAACAGAUAUGGACAUAAAAAUGCUGACUCUGUGGCAAGGGUCAAAAUUUUUAGUAGCUUUCUGAUCAGUGGCGUUUGACGAGUCUUUGAUUGAGUGCAGGUAAAGAGUCCAUGUAGACAGCAAAAGAGGGACUGUAUUUUUGAAAUGCAUUUGUUGUCAAACAAACGGCACACUUUUUGUUAAUUAAAAAAAAACAACAACAUUUAGCUACAAUCAUAAACGAUGACCAGCAGACUGAAAUGGAAGUCUUUCCUCAGAUAUCUUCUGGUUACAUCAGAAAAUUGGAUGUUGCCGCCUAAGUCAGCAGGUUAGCUGAUGGUUUUUCAGAUUUCUCAGCCACCAAAUCAACAAGUGCAGGUCUUCAGAUGAAUUUCGCUCCUCUUGACUUUUGGUUGUUCUAAAUAAAUGUACAGGAUGAGGUGAUAACCUCUGCUGAAAAGUGACAGACACUAAUCUGUCAUUCAGUCAGAACAUGCUGCACUAAUUUAAUUGAUUUGCUUGUUGACUUUAUAAGUGUUAGUACAGCAUAAGUCAGUGCAGGAUUUGUACUGGUGAUCACUGGCGUUUUAAUAAUCAGGUUACAGCUGGGAUGCAGCAAAAUACUUUUGUAUACAAUUCAUUCACAUGGUGUCUGAUCAGCAGAUGUAUGUGCAACCAAAACUACAGGAUAGUUACUGCUUACUAUCCUGUUAUAUCGUCAUGUUUGUACCUUUUGUAGUCACUAAGUCAUGCUGUCUUGCGUCUCUGCUGUUCGAAGCCGCAUUACUGUGUUCCUUGAAUGUUUGUUUAAAAAUAUUUAUAAUCAAAUCUUUUCAGUCACCAGCAUUAGGAAAUAAGUGUGCCAAAUCAGCCUUAUGUGCAUCACAGAUGCACUUAUACACUGAAAGUCACAGAAUAAAUCACUUAUGAAGCCAA